AUGCAUAAAUGUGAAUCGUUUAGCGUUUUGAGGAAUAGUCCUGCGGACGUAAUCAAGGAGAUUUUGCUGGUUGACGAUUUCAGCGACAACGGUUUGGGGAUCGAGAAAGUGAGGCUUAUUCGGAACUCAAAACGCGAAGGCCUGAUGCGUUCAAGAAUCAUUGGUGUCGAAGCUGCUCAAAGCAAAAUUCUUGUUUUCCUUGAUAGUCAUUGCGAAUGCACCAAAGGUUGGCUUGAACCGUUGCUCGAACGGAUACUCGAGGAUAGCACUGUUGUUGUUUCGCCGGUCAUCGAUGUGAUCGAUUUGGAAACUUUUGAAUAUUUGCCGGUGUACACCGCUCUGAUUGGAGGUACAAAAUAUCCAACAUUUGCGACCUCCAAACGUUGUUUUCAAGGCUUCGGCUGGGACCUGAACUUUCAGUUUGGUAAAUUGACGGGCGAACAACUCAAUCAUCAUAUGCAAAACAGUGACGCACCAAUUCCGACUCCGGCGAUUGCUGGUGGCUUAUUCGCCAUCGAUAAAAGCUGGUUCGAGAGACUCGGCAAAUACGACGAUGAAAUGGAAUUGUGGGGAGGUGAAAACUUAGAAUUUUCCUUCCGGGUUUGGAUGUGUGGCGGACGACUGGAAAUCAUUCCAUGCAGCCAUGUUGGUCACGUCUACCGUAUAGAGUUUCCGUAUGAACUUCCCGGUGGCACGCAAACGUUUUUUCUGAGAAACACACGAAGAGUGGCAGAGGUUUGGUUGGACGAGUUUAAACAGUUCUAUUUUGAUGCUAUGCCAAGGGCAAAACACGUAGACUUUGGCAACGUCACAUCUCGUCUAUUGUUGAAGAAGAAACUUGGCUGUAAAUCCUUCCGAUGGUAUCUGGAAAAUAUUUGUCCAUCGCUGUUUAAUGAUGAGCUCUUUCACAGUAAAAGAAGGUAACG